ACUUCCCUAUUGGAAAACUUCAUUAUUUAUAUGUAUUUAGGUAUAUGAUUGUCACCAAUCGCAUAACCUCAAAUUGAUUACAACACAACAGUUAGGAAACCGUUACGCUGUGCUCCUUCGCUACAGGCACAAAUAUUUUUAUUGCUCGCUUUUUACGGGUAAGACCUUGACACCAGCUUUUAUUCUCCAACAGGCAAAAAACCAAAACAUGGAGUUCAUAACCGGAGGACUAGCAGGCGUUGGAGCCACUAUAAUAACAAACCCCAUUGACAUCGUAAAAACGAGGCUGCAACUACAAGGAGAGCUUCGAGCUAAGAGUGAGCAUACGGCAAGAUAUAGAGGGAUCUUGCAUGCUUUGUAUGUUAUAGCCAGGACUGAUGGAGCGUUUGCAUUGCAGAAAGGUCUUUGUCCAGCUAUAGUACAAGGAUUUACUAUUAAUUCCGUCAGGUUAGGCAUAUACCACAUAGCAGAGGUCCAAGGUUGGAUUCAUAAUGAAAAAGGUGAAAUCAGUAUUGGCAAGGCAGCGUUUUGGGCCAGCGUCAGUGGUUACACGGGUGCCGUAGUUGGUACUCCAGUCAGCGUGAUCAAGACACGUAUGCAAGCAGCAGCUCAUCCUAGUAUUGCUGUUGGAAGGCAACAUAAAUACAAUGGCAUGUUGCACGGUUUCAAAACAAUCUACAAGACUGAGGGCAUUAAAGGCUACUUUGCGGGCAUGAAUGCAAUAAGCACGAGAAUUGCCAUUGGCAGCGGAGCGCAGCUUACCACCUUCUCUGCAGCAAAAGAGUGGCUAGUGACACAUGGAGGCUUUGAAAAUCAACCACCAAUAAUAGUGGCGUUUGUCGCAAGUCUCAUAUCCGGUGCGAUUGUUGUUUCUAUAGAAACUCCACUCGAUCUGGCUAACACAAGACUUUUUAAUCAAGGAUCCGCAGCAACUCAAGGCGCCUUACUUUACACAGGCAUCUUUGACUGUUUGCGAAAAACAUACAAGAUAGAAGGACUACGCGGUCUUUACAAGGGGGUCUGGCCACUCUACAUAAGAAUGGCGCCAUUCACCACCGUAUCUCUACUUCUAUGGGAUAUAUUAAAUAAUAUGCUGGUAGAAAAAUGAACUAAUUAAAUGAUUAGAAAAAUUACAA